AUGCCUCAGCAGCCCGAGAACCGACCCGUGGCAUCUGCGAACGACGCUCCCGGAAGCUGUAAAGAGCGAGGCGAAACCCAAUCCAACAGCUCGGCGAAAAUGCUCUCUGUCUGGAUCCAGGGCUCGAGCGGGAUUGGGCCGUAUGCAGACCCUUGGAGUCCACUGAUGGCUAAUACAGCUCCUCGGGGCAGUCCAGACGCAAAGAUAUAA